UGGAACUGCAGCGUGAUAAACUAUCAAAUCCUUGAAAUGGAAAUGGCUUUGCAGUGCCAGCUGUGUGGCUUGUGCUUCUUUCAUCUGAAUCCCACGACCAUCUUUAGCCUGCGGGUUCUGGCCAAGAUCAAGGAUCUUUCUGGUCUAUGGUUAGAACAGGAUGAUCAACAGCCGCGCCACAUUUGUCCAACUUGUCUGAACGACUUGAAUACAUCCAUUAAGCUGAAAAGGCGCAUUCAACGAAUUCACAAUGGAGCAAUGCCGAGGCGGAUAUCUGGAAGUGAUCAGGGUCUAAAAAGCCCAGUAUCCGAUGUAGAACCAGAGGGGGAUUUAUGUGACUUCGGAUUCGAGGAAUGCUGUUCUGCUCCAUAUCUGGAGCAUCAAGAAGGACAACUAUCUUCGGAAAACUAUCUAAUUAACCCUGAAUUCACCCAUCGGAAAAAUCAGAUUUUCAGUGAUCAAGAAGCAGGGGAACACGAUGAUCAAGAUGAAGAAAAAAGACUACACAACCUAAUUGAUCAGGAAUCUCCCAAGAUUAAGCCUAAGAACCCUUUAAUUGAGGCUUAUUCGUUGCCAAAAGGAAAUGUACCUAAAAAAUUUGGUAUACAAAGCACAAGCAUGGGCAUAUUUAUUCAAAUUGGAAAGGAAAUAUGCCUACCUAAAACGGAUGCGCGUAUUGGGGUAGCAAGGCCUCCUAUAUCGGUUCCAGAAGACGAGGCAGCUGGGAAUAUAGUCCCUGCCAAAAGGAGAACCCGGAAAAUGCAAUCCCUGGAGUGCCCUGAGUGCAGAAUGGUCUUCAAGACUGCAUACAACCUCAAGAUCCACUUGGUGCGGCACACGGGCCAGAAGGACUUUCAAUGCGCAUUCUGCGACAGGCGGUUCGUCUCGAAGUAUCUGGGGCGGCUACACGAACGAGUGCGCCACAUGGGCGAACAGCCGUUCAGCUGCCAAUUCUGCUCGGAUACGUUUUUUACCAGCUCAGCUAAGUCCCGACAUGAGCGAAUGAGGCACAUCAGAGAUCAGAGCUACCAAUGCGACGAGUGCGGCAAGAGGUUCAAUACCAAGACCUGCUUAAAUAAGCACAAGUUCCUGCACACGGGUCUCAAGCCUUUCAGCUGCGACAUUUGCAACAUAGACUUUGCCCAAAAGUCAAAGCUAAGGAAUCACUUCAAUUCGCAAGCUCACCAGAAAAAGGCUACCGCAAUCCUGGAUUCCAAACAGUGCUUAUCCGGAGAUGAAUUAGAGAUCGCUCUUAAUUCUGUUUUAGAGGAUGCCCAAUAGUUAUGUCCAUUUAAA